AAACAUGUCGGUGAAGACAGCACCAAAAAUGGUGCUGGAACCAUGCGCGCAACGAUUGUCUGGUCGACUGUAAUGUUCACUUAUUCUGUGGUCUUCACUGACAUUAAAUUCAAGAAUUAAUUCAAUUCUAACCUCAUUCCGGUCGCACAGUUAGGUUAUGUUACCAAAGUCGUCCAAACGGGCUUUUUUGAUUAAGCUCCUUGUGGGGUCCGCUUUGGCAAUUCAUUUGAGUGUUUUCGUAAUUAAACCACUAGUAUUGUCCGAAAAGAGUAAAAAAAAUUCAACGAAGGACAGUUGAGUGGGUUGAAUUAUGCGAAUUAGGAGACCUGGCAAUUUGACCGGUGCUCAGUUAGGUUUUGCUACCGCUUUAGGUAUAAUUGGGGGCUUUUACAUUUGGCGGCCGUUCUUCCAUAAAGAGAAACAAGCGCCAAAGGUGCCAGAACCGGACAAAUAACUCAGGAUGGGGUGGUACAAGGCCUGGGCUGCGAAACAGCAGGGGAAGGGCUCCCUCCUGGUGAUAGCUGGCGUCGGCGCUACGGCCUUUCUAUGGAUUGGCUACAGCCAAUUUUACAAGCCCUGGCGCUCCAGACGCCGCUUGCAGGAAGCCGAAGAGUACGCCAAUGUUUUGUUAAAAAGUCAGGAGUAAAUGUUGUAGUUCGUGUUAAUUAAUAAACUAGAGUUUUGAUAAUUUUAUUAACGACUACUAAUUACAAAAAAUUAUUCCUCCUUGAACUUCCCGUUGUAGUAGGGCAUGUACUGGAGGAUGAGCUUCCAGUCGGUGGCGUACGUGAUCCCGACGCCUGCCGUGGCCCCGAAGGCCACCGCGGACCCGAUCCUGUAAACUGUUGCAUAACACCCCCAAAAUUGUAACAAAAACUCACCAUUGCGAGGCGAUUUCUAUGUGUUUUUUGCCGAUUAGCCGCAAGGGGCCCGGGAGUCGCACAGCGGGAGACAUAGCGCGUUUUGAACGAUGCAAGAAAUAAAAUGCAAUAACCCCCUUGUACAAAUGUCACACUGACGUUUCUAUUUCUACUACUGGCAUCUGCUGUAGUAUUUGCACAGCAAACAAAACCGGCGCCAAAUUUGAACCGUAACGAUUUAACGCGUAACCAGGGAACGAAAAGCGCAGUAACAUGGAGUUUGUCGUGGAUAAGGUUUCCGAGGACUCAUUUUACGAGAAUCUUCUAAUCGGGUUGCCCAAAGUUUUGGAAAAACUGCCAAGUGUGUCCGAUUUGUACUUGGAGCGGUUUUCCCCAGUCCAGCACAAUAAUAUUUGCGCCUGGGAGCAGAAACAUGGUGUUUUGUUGCCGGAGGAUUUGCGCUCGUUUUACGCCUCAACUAACGGUCUGUUGUACACUUAUAAUUUCCAUUAUAGAGAUUCGGGGUCCGAGGAGGAUAAGGUCGUGGGCCGGAUUGAAGUCAAUGGUUUGAAUGAACUGGCCCCCGUGUACGGCUACGAGAUUAAGCCCGACCCUGGCGUGAACAUGGAAGACGACCACUAUGAGUUAAAACUGGGCACUGACAGCAAAAUUUUUGAGCUGGUCAAUUUGAACGAUCUUGGACGAGUGAUUUUGGUGUACAUAAACCACCGCUACUUGCCGAGCAUUUGGCUCCACAACGCUUCGAUGAAAUUCAAUUUUCUCGCUGACGACUUCACGACUUACCUCCGUAUGUGCGUCCACCACUUGGGAAUCCCCUUUUGGCAGUUCUCGUUCAGUGGAGAGGGGAUACCGGAAUGGAGCGAGAUGGUCUUUCGAUUGCUGGCGCCGGCAAUUCUGCCCCUACAUAAAAAAAUCGACGAGAUAAAAAAACACGAUGAUGAAUUUUCCGACAUCCUAAUAAAUAAAAUCGACUCGAAUAUAUUCAGAACCACGAGACUAACCCCAAACACUAUGCCGCCCAACGAACCAAAUUUAACCCCGCGUCAAAUAAAGAAGAAACAAUUGAAGCCGAAAUUUCCGCCCAAGUUGCAAAAAAAGCCCCUUCAUCACAGCAAAAAAAAUUAAGUCAGUUUGAUUAUCGGAAAGUAGCGAUUGACCGAGAAAUCGAACUCUGGGGGCGUCACCGAGUCUUUCUUGUGCCCCCCGGCUAGCAACUUCAACACAAUAAAAUUAGUUUUGGAUAUUUUAAUCAGGUCGAUUAUUUCGCUAUCAGCUUGGAUGUUCUCCAGCAAUUGGCGCGCUUGGUGGAAGUGUUUGCACCCCGUUACGUAAAAAUAAAUACUAUCAACUGGUUGUUGCAACCUCUCAACGGACGUCAUCUCCCGAAAUUCCGAGUACUGGACUGGGGGCGGCGUGAGGAGGUUCUGAAAGGGGGCGAAACGGUGCUCAUACCGCACUUGUUCGUUAUCGAACUGGGGGUGGGGCAUCGUCAGUUUCCCGUCCAAUCGGAAGCCCAUCAAAGCCUGCAAUUAGCCCAAUUAAAAGUGCACAAUUAAUACGCAAUGUUUACUUUGUAGUAACCGCCGCACAUGUUCUGUAACGCCUGGUAAUAAACAAUGUCCCGAUUGUAGGGCCUUGGUUUUCUCUUGUGUUUCGGUUUCUUUUUCGACGUGUUUUUCGACUUUUGUAACUCGUUUAUGAGCUCGUUUUCGACUAGAAAACUAUCAGCCCGUGAAAGGGCCGACACCAGCCACCCGUAUAAAAACUCGUACAAGUACC